AUGAAGGCCUCUGCGAUUGCUGCUGUGCUCUUGGCCGUCGUCGGUGGCGCUGCCGCCGGCCUGAACCCGCGCGGGAUCGACGCCGCGGGCCAGAUUCGCCUGGCAUACCACGGCGACGACGCCAUGGUCGUCAGCUGGAACACGUUUGAGCACGUCGCCGCGCCCGAGGUCCGCUGGGGCCUGUCCCGGGACAAGCUCGACCGCACGGCGCGGUCCGACACGUCCGUGACCUACCCGACGUCGAGCACGUACAACAACCACGUCCUCGUCGCCGGGCUCCGGCCCGACACCACCUACUACUACCUGCCCUCACCGCUGCCUCAGGGCCGCCCUCCGGCGCCGUACACCUUCACCACGGCGCGCGCGGCCGGCGACCCGCAGCCGUACUCGGUCGCCGUCGUCAUCGAUCUCGGCACCAUGGGUCGCCUCGGCCUGACCGACCACGCGGGCAAGGGCGCGCGCCCGGAAAACAUCCUCAAGCCGGGCGAGAAGAACACGAUUGACUCGCUGGCGGGCACCAGCGCGACGUGGGACUUUAUCCUGCACCCGGGCGACAUUGCUUACGCCGACUACUGGCUCAAGGAGGAGAUUGCCGGCUUCCUGCCCAACACGAGCAUCGCCGACGGCCACACCGUAUACGAGGCCAUCCUCAACGACUUUUACGACGAAAUGGCCGUCGUCACCGCGGCCAAGCCCUACAUGGUCGGCCCCGGCAACCACGAGGCCAACUGCGACAACGGCGGCACCACGGACAAGGCGCGCAACAUCACCUACGACGUGAGCAUCUGCUCGCCCGGCCAGACCAACUUCACCGGCUACAAGAACCACUUCCGCAUGCCGAGCGACGUCUCGGGCGGCACCGGCAACUUUUGGUACAGCUUCGACCACGGCAUGGCGCACUUUAUCCAGCUCGACACGGAGACGGAUCUCGGGCACGGCUUCGUCGGCGCCGACGAGAUUGACGGCGACGCCGGCGAGGGCGCGAGCCCCGUCAACGCCACGCUCAACGCGCAGACGGAGUGGCUGGCAGCCGACCUGGCGGCCGUGGACCGGGCCAAGACGCCGUGGGUCGUCGUCGCCGGCCACCGCCCGUGGUACCUGAGCAAGAAGAACGAGACGGGCUCCAUCUGCUGGUCGUGCAAGGACGUGUUUGAGCCGCUGUUCCUGCGGUACGGCGUCGACCUGUACCUGUCGGGCCACGCGCACGUGUACGAGCGGCAGGCGCCGCUCGCCGACGGCAGGGCCGACCCGCGCGAGCUCGACAACCCGGCCGCGCCGUGGUACAUCACCAACGGCGCCGCGGGGCACUACGACGGCCUCGACGACCUGCUGCCCGCGCCGCAGCGCCAGCGGUACAGCCGCUUCGCGCUCGACGUCAGCAACGCCACGUACGGCUGGAGCCGGCUGACGUUUCACAACUGCACGCACAUGACGCACGACUUUGUCGCUAGUAACAACGACUCGGUGCUCGACUCGGCCACGCUCUUCAAGGACCGCCGGUGCAGCCUGACCAAGGGCGGCGGCAGCCACGGAAACGGCACCGUGACUACCGGCGGACAGCACGGUAACGGCACCGGGGCGCAGACCACGACGCGCUCCGCGCCGGGUGGCCCGGUUACGUCCUCCUCAACCAAGAGUCUCGGUGCUACGGCCUCGCCCAAGGGUCCCAGCGCUACGCACAGCAGCACGACCGUUCCUGUGAGUAGCUCGGGCUCCCGAGUCGCUGCUGUGACGGUUCUUGGGUUGGUUGGCUUGUUUGCCUGCUUGUAA